AUGAAGCUCAUCGUGGGCAUUGGAGGCGUGACCAACGGCGGCAAGACCACACUGACCAACAGCCUGUUCAAGGCACUGCCCAACUGCUGCGUCAUCCACCAGGACGACUUCUUCAAGCCCCAAGACCAAAUCGCGGUUGGGGAAGACGGCUUCAAACAGUGGGAUGUGCUGGAGUCGCUGGACAUGGAGGCCAUGCUGGGCACCGUGCGCGCCUGGCUGCGCAGCCCCCAGAAGUUCGCCCGCGCCCACGGGGUCAGCGUCCGGCCAGACGCCGCGGACACCCACGUCCUCAUCCUGGACGGCUUCCUGCUCUACAGCUACCGGCCCAUGGUGGACUUGUACAGCCGCCGGUACUUCCUGACUGUCCCGUACGAAGAAUGCAAGUGGAGGAGAAGCACCCGCAGCUACACAGUCCCUGAUCCUCCCGGCCUCUUUGACGGCCACGUGUGGCCCAUGUACCAGAAGUAUAGACGGGAGAUGGAAGCGGAUGGUGUGGAAGUGGUCUACCUGGACGGCAUGAAGUCCCGAGAGGAGCUCUUCCACCAGGUCCUGGAAGACAUUCAGAACUCGCUCCUGAACCGCUCCCAGGCUGUGGCCCCCACCCCGGCUCACCCCGCCAGGCCACAGGGACCCGGACUUGGUGGCGGCCACAGAGCAGCCAGGCCCACGGCGGCCCAGCCGGACACUGUGUGACUGUUUCCCCUUGGGGGAGUCUGUGCAGAGAGGCCAGAGUGGAGGCCCCACCUGCAGCCCCGCGUCUCAGGGCUCCCGGACCCAGCCCCAAGACUCCCUUGUGACCGCCACACGGCUUGAGUAUUAAACUGCGUCCUGCUUUU